UCAAUUCUACGACGUGAUGAAGCAGGGGGUAUAGGCACAGUAGUAGGCUACUCUUUGUGAUAUGUAGAUACCGAUCACGGCGCGGAACUUUGCGGCAACUAUAUUGCUCAUUCAACCGUGUCCUAUCUCCUCUGAGCUACAUAGUACCAUAGAUAUCUAUAAGAGUACACAGCUAUUUCCACAAAGCCCUUCAAGCAAAGGCCUAAAAACCACAGGAAGAGUAUCUAUGCUCAGUGCUAUUUGGCUUGCCGGGCUGUUUCCUGUUUGAGGUAGAGCAAGAUGUCGUUGGUGAAGAGAUUGUUUAGGGUUCUCAUACUACUGAGUGUACUCAGCCUUCUUGUUCACAUAUUGACCCUGUUUAGCGGAGACUUUGGGAAGAAGGAAAUGAAAAGGUCGGAGAUACUUUCAGUUCAAAGCUUCCUCAUUUACACUAAAGAUAUAAUGAAGAAUAUAGGACACAUGGUUGAAAGGGUACAAGAGAUUCCAGAUGUACUGUUAACUACAGACUCCAGUGGUAGUAAACCCAGUUACGACCCCGAUGUAGUGGCCAGAAGUGAGUGGCAACAAGAAACUAUCUCAAAUUAUUGCUUAGGCAUCAAUGAGAGUCUUCUAAACUAUUCCAGUGAACAAAAUGAAAUGCUUUACAAGCACUUGAUAUACGAUGAUAAGUAUGGCAUUAUCUAUUGCGCUGUUCCUAAAAUUGGCUGCACUAAAAUGAAACUCCUCUUCAUUCUCUUGCAAGGACAUUACACUCUGGAAGAUCUACUGGUUAGCACCUUACGUAUAACACACAAGAGCUAUCUGCGUAAUGUCAAAACACUCUGGGAACUUUCCGCGGCCGAAAGAGAAACUCGAAUAAGUAACUAUUACAUGUACAUGCCAGUGAGGGACCCACUGGAGAGACUAGUAAGUGUUUAUUUGAAUAAGAUCAGCCGAAGGACCAUUAGAAGCAAAAUCUUUCUCAACCUUAGACAGGAUAUUAUAAGAGAGUUUAGACUCCCAUCAGACACUAAUAAGAAUGCUAGUGAUGAUAUUGAUAGCAUGGUGCCAACUUUCAAGGAGUUUGUACAAUAUUUCAUUGAGUACAGGCACUUAAUGGAUGAUCAUUUCCAGGCAAUGCUCGAUAUCUGUCAGCCUUGCCUGGUAAAGUAUGACUUCUAUCCAAACUUCCACAGUCUUAGCUACGACAUGGACUACAUUUUGCAAGUUUUUGGGAUCCCGAGAGACUUUUAUUUCAACGAUGUGAGGAUUGGAGCAAGUUUGAUGCCUAAACCAGCAGCACAGUUUAAUUACAGUUCUUACUAUGAUCAAAUUGACGAAAACAUUAGAGCAAAAUUGAUUGAGAAACUGAAACCUGACAUGCAAUUUUAUCACCAGUUGUAUCCAAGGACACAAAAAUACUAUUCAUAGCACAUAAGAAGAAUUAUGUGCCAGCCAUUCAAUAUACAUCCAUGCUAUGUAUGAUAUAUUUUAACUUGCUCAAUAAUGUUCUUUUUUUUGUUGUCUAAAGACCAUGAAUUCACUUCAUUUU